CUGUGCGCCAGAGCUCCGGCAGCCUCCCCUGCCUCUCUGGAGCAGAAGAGAUGCCCUCCUCGCCUUGAGGGGCUGCCGGUGUCCCCGCUCCAUCGGCCUCAGCACAGGCGGCAGGGGCGGUGAUGCGGCCGCCCCGCGGAGGAGGCCUGAGCGCGGCGUUGCCAUAGCGACUCCGCACCACGCUCCCUAGAUAAGGCGGGCGGCAGAGGCCGCGGCGGCCCCAGCCCGGAGAGGUCCCGCUGCAACCAGCCCCGACGGCUCACCGCGCCGUUAGAAUGAUUGCCUACUGAUGUCUCAUUUGAGUUCUGCAUUGUCUCUUAAGACUGGAUACAAAUUGCCAUAGUAGCUUCAAAGGGGAAGAAAAGCCCGUUUCAACGAUGUCAACAGAAUGUGUUCAGCCAUUUGAUAUCCCAGAAGACAGACUGGACAAGCGAGACUCACACUGUAACCAUUUAGAAGAUCUUUCAGAGCAGCUGAUUCAGAGCUGUGACCUCAAAAAGAAACCAAGAAAAGGGAAAACCAUCCUGGCUUCCCAAAACACUGAACAGGACCAAAAAAAGCCAAGGAGAAAAGAUACACCCGCUUUGCACACCCCACCACCUCUAACAGGCAUACUUUCAGACUUUUCUGAUAGUUUGCUGAAAAGGUAUGGUAUCACAGAGAAGCCACAACGAGAGAGAGUGAAUCCAGGCUCUCAGAUCGCUGAACUGGAGCAGAAAAAGCCCAGGAGAAAAGAUACGCCUGCAAUACACAUCCCACCUUUGAUUAUAGGCACUAAGCUGCUUACGGAAGAAAAGCAAACAGUGAUUAUGGAAGAUGAAGAAAAAGAUGGAGACGCAAUCCCCAGUUAAGAUUACAGUGAUAUUUCCAGUAACGCAGUGUAAAUAAUUCUGGGUCAUUCAAAGUGGCAGUACAUAGAAAGUAAAAAAAAAAAAGGCCUUUCAUUUUUAUAGAUAAUAAUUCUCUCAAGCAUGCACUUGAAUUUAAAUUAUCUUCAAGUGCUUAUCUGCAUCUCAUGGAAUCCCAGCAAGCAUCAUAGGAAAUGAUGGCAGAAAUUUCACUCACACAUGGAAGGAUUCACUCAGUUUGCUAAAAGUGGCUUCCCAGGAUUUUUGUCACUGAGGAAUCCACCUCGGAUCAGAACGAGCUUUGUGCAUGGUGAUAAGGGUUAAUACAAAGGGACACCACCAGUCAAGUGUACCUGGCACUAGAUACCAGAGCAGUUGGUAGCACAGAGCAAUAAAACAUCAGCAAGUGAUUCAGAUAGUAUUUUUCUCCUGAUAAGUUCACCUUGUUUGUCCAGCUUUCCUCUGCUGGAAUAUCGUUGACCACAGUGAAAAUUCGCACAUGCAGAGCUGAUGGGAUAGAUGGAGAGGAAUCAAUGCUAGAAUCCCUGAAAGGCAAAGCACACACUUCUUCUGCCAGUACCUGCUUGUGACUUGUGUUUGUGAGGAGAAAAGAGAAGAUUUACCAUAGAAUGAAAACUCAACAGCUAAGGGCUGUCAGCACUGGCACAUCAAACAGGACAGAGGGCAGAGCUCUCAGAAGAGAAACAUGGAACGUGCAGUGCCUGCCUCUGUUACACCAGUGUAGACCAUUGUGGGUUUUUUUCCUCUCAAAGGUUUUAUUCCGGGUUAGUGGGAGAUAAACUUGUUCUCCAUGGCUUUUCACUCCAUAUUUUUUCUUUUAACAUCUGCUUUUUAACUGAGUCCUAGGUUGUCAGUUAGGAGAUUGAAGAAAAUCUCCUAACUGACAAAAACUAAAGAUUAAAAUUCACAGCAGGAGAGUAAAAAUUGAGUAAAAAGGGUACUGUCACUCAAUGGUAUACACACACUGCAAGAUGGAACAGCACCGUGCUUUUUUUUAACAGUUUACCUGAUUGGUUCAAUCAAGAAUUGUUUUCACACCCAGCUACAGCCUUCAGCAUUGGCGCAAACAGAGACAGGUACUUGUAGAAUAUUACACAAAAUAGGUAGAACUGGGUAGUUUUGUGCUUACCUUAAUAGCUCUGUGCGCUAGAUGGGGCAGCACUGCUGGCUGGACCCUUAGGGACCUCAGCAGAGAGGUAAAGAUUAUCUAUCUAGCCUGGCAGACUGAAUUUAGUUGUCAUCUUCCUAACAUCCUUAGGCAGACAGCUAAGGAGCACACUAAUUUGGACUUCAUCUGCCACAGUGACUGACCCAGCAUCUUUCAUGAGCACGCAGUCCACUCACAGGUAUUCAGCUUCAAGAUGUAAUUGACAAGCUUAUAAUAAAUACUCAUGCAUUAAAGUCUA